CCUGUCACAUGAUGCGGGUCGCGAGUGACUUCACGCUCUGUCAUGGCUGCGUGAGACAUAAACAUGCCAGUGGUUCUGUAAUUCAGAGCAUUACACUAGUGCGAUGAUUAAAGCAGCGGCCAUAACCAAUCAUUUUGCCUUGAGGUCCGCCAUAUGAAAUCGGCUGGUCGGUGUUUAGAGCGGCAGGUGAAGUGAUAGCUGUAUUGUAGAUCACAGGAAGGAUCCGAUCAUGCAGACUGAAGCCGUGCUGGAGCAUCACGGCGGCUCACAGAGUUCCUGUAGGACAGGCUCCAAAUCCUGGCAGUAUAGUGAUCUGAUGGAAAAGGUGGAUGGGUAUUUGAUGAAGUACACCAAUCUUGUGACUGGAUGGCAGUAUCGAUAUUUUGUGCUCAACAAUGAGGCAGGGCUGCUGGAAUAUUUUGUGAAUGAGCAGUCAAGAAAUCAAAAGCCCAGGGGUUCGCUGCCAUUAGCCGGAGCAGUGAUUUCCCCCAGCGAUGAGGAUUCACACACCUUCACCGUCAAUGCCAUCAGCGGAGAGCAAUACAAACUUAGAGCCUCAGAUGCAAAGGAGCGACAGCACUGGGUCAGCCGACUGCAGAUCUGUGCGCAGCACCACACAGAGGCGAUGGGCAAAACAAACCCACCGCUCCAGACUCGCAGUCUCUCCAUGGCGUCUCAGGGCAGUGGCAGCUCUCCAGGAUCUCAACACAGGAUCAGCCAGAACUCAAACGCCCUCUUGGGCCUGUCCCAACUGCAGCGCGGCUCAUCUCUUUACUCCAGCAGGAAGUCUCUGCUGCCUGAUCACUUGCUGGAGGCCAGAGAGGAGUCGAUGUUCAUUAACCAACAAGUACUCCUACUUCAGAUGAUGAGCCAGGCGCAAGGCCAGCACAGGGACCUGAUCCAGAGUAUUGAGGGUCUGCCCUCCUCCCAGGGUCCCUCUCCCUUGGACCAAGACUUGCUGCUGCUGAAAGCUACUUCUUUGGCCACCAUGACCUGCCUCAGCGACUGCCUGCAUAUCCUGCAGCUCCAACAAGUGGCUCGGCAGAAAGUUCCUCUCGGUGGCCCUGCACUCGAGUGGCUGGAGCCAAAACUUCCAGACAUCCUGAAGAAUGGAGGGACGCUACCCAGCAUCACCAAAGAUGAUGGCAAAACAGAGGGAACCGUUCUUGAACCUUUAGAAAUGGACUCCUGUGAUAUCGCUGGGGAGCAGGAGGAGAUUGAUGCCACACAGGAGGUAGAUGAUUCAACUCCGGCCGAGGAGGAGGAUCUGGGUGCUGUCGAAGAGGAGCGCAGCGUCAUUCUGCACCUCCUCUCUCAACUCAAGCUGGGCAUGGACCUCACCAGGGUGGUCCUGCCUACCUUCAUUCUGGAGAAGCGGUCCUUGUUGGAAAUGUAUGCAGACUUCAUGUCCCAUCCAGACCUUUUCGUGGCCAUCACCGAUGGCUCCAGCCCGAUGGACCGCAUGGUCCGAUUUGUGGAGUAUUACCUCACUUCCUUCCACGAAGGUCGCAAAGGUGCCAUUGCCAAGAAGCCCUACAACCCCAUAAUUGGAGAGACCUUCCACUGCUCUUGGAAAGUACCCAAAGCGACAACGCCUCCGUCAGCAAUCCCAAAAGAAGGGACCUUGUGCGCGUCAGACUGCUACAAUGUCCGCUUUGUGGCUGAGCAGGUUUCCCAUCAUCCACCUGUGUCAGGCUUCUAUGCAGAAUGCGAGGAGAGACAGAUGUGUGUCAACACCCAUGUGUGGACCAAGAGCAAGUUCAUGGGCAUGUCCAUUGGCGUCUCUAUGAUCGGAGAAGGUAAUCUACACCUAUUGGAGCACGGUGAGGAAUACACCUUCAGUCUGCCCUCUGCUUACGCCCGCUCUAUCCUCACUGUGCCCUGGGUGGAACUGGGAGGAAAGGUCAAUGUCAACUGCGCCAAGUCAGGCUACUCUGCAGUCAUCACCUUCCAGACAAAGCCUUUCUAUGGGGGCAAGCUGCACAGAGUGAACGCGGAGGUCAAACACAACCCCACCAACGCCGUGGUGUGCCGUGUGCAGGGCGAGUGGAACGGCGUGCUGGAGUUUACCUACACCAGCGGGGACACACGUGUCGUAGACGUUACCAAACUCCCCGUCACCAGAAAAAGAGUACGGCCCAAUGAGCUGCAAGGACCCUACGAGUCUAGGCGACUGUGGCAGCAUGUGACAGAGUCUCUGAAGGAAAGAGAUAUGGAUAAAGCCACGGAACACAAGCGCAUCCUGGAAGAAAGGCAGAGGAAGGAGGAAAGGCAUCGCGUAGAGACACAGACAGCAUGGAGGACCAAAUACUUUGAACGCAAAGGUGAAGGCUGGGUCUAUUACCAACCACUGUGGAAAGCAGCAGCCCAUAGCUCUUCCCCAGUGUCCACUCCACAAAACCCAUGACCUCUGACCUUUUAAGACCUGAGUCCAGGCAUUGUACAGCCUCCAGCUGCAGUAAACCUCUGGUCCGGUGUUCCCUCUCUCACAGAUGAAGACAUACACUCUCCUUUGUAUGAUUCCUGAAACAUAACUUCUGUUUGAGUGUUUGUAACACGCUUUGUGGACUUGCAGGUUUGCACUCUGAUGUUCAUAUUUUGCAUCCUUCGGUGGUAAGUUGUUGUUUUUUUGUUUUUUUGGUAGAACUACACAGUGAAUGAUUUCUUCAAUCUGCACACAGAUAUUGUUUGUUGACGUUGCCUUAACGAGUGUCGUAUGUAAAGAGGGAUGGGUACAGUGUGGCGGUUCUUAACGUGGGAUUGUGUUUGAGGUGAACUUCUUAAUCUAACCAUACUGUGGUGUACUGUAUUUGACUACGGUACGGUCAAAGUUUUCUGAUUCUUUUAAAGUCGUUAUCAUGAUUUAUAUGAUAUCAAAUGAAAUGCAGGAUUAGGGGAGCUUGUUCAGGAAGGUGGAGUUACGUUGAUAACUGGCAAGAUGAGUUGUUAUUGCUUAGCCAGAUGCAGCUGGAGUGUUGAUGAGAAAGAAACCUUCUUGGCUUGGCAUUCGUAUUAUGCUGUCUUUUUCUCGUUCUUGCUCUGGUAAAUGAAGCUUGCAGGCGCUAUACACAAAAUCUGGGCCGGAUGGAAGUGUUCGGGUUCAGGCCUGCUCUUCUGUUUUUGCUUGAUGUUCAGUGAACAAUUAUGUUGGCUUUAGUUUCAGAGAAAUUUUAAAGGGAUAGUUCACCCCCAAAAAAUGUGUCAUAGUUUACUCACCCUCAUGUCAUUUAAAAUCUGUAGGACUUUCUUUCUUCUGUGGAACACAGAUUUGUUUUGUUUUUUUUGUUUUUUUUUGUUUUUUCAUACAAUGAAAGUCAAUGGGGUCCAAAGGUUAUAAUGACAUAAGGGUGAAUAAAUGCAACCAAAUUUUCAUUUUAGGUGAACUAUCCUUUUAAUGUUUAAGUUGAGCACUUUAACUGUUAAGAGCCAGCCUUAUAAUAUUCUCUAUAUGCAUAAUAAUAUGUGUAAAUACAACCCGAUUAGACAGUAUUAUUGGAGAUACAGUAAGCUCUGUCAAAAGUUCUGACAGACACCAAUCCGAUCUGUCAAAGUUAUGCAGUUUUUAAUUUUAUGACUUCGAACUGCUACGUUCCACUUCGAUUCUACCUCGAUUGACAUUGAUAACAUUGUUUUUUCAAAGGGAUAAUUAACCAAAAAUGAAUAUUUUUUACUCACCCUUAUGUUGUUCUUUGUAGUCCAUAUGAUUUUUGCGCUACAUUAAAAGUCAGAUUUCAGUCUUAAAUGUAAUUUGCUCUGUUCAGUUCAAGAGUGGCGCAUUUAGAUGCCUGUCAGACUAGAUUUCAGUCUUUUUUCAGUCCUGCUGGGGGAAAAAAACAUCUAAAACCAGUUGGUUUGGUGGUUUCUCAGCUUGGCCAGCCAAAACACCAGCCUGGUUUUAAAGGGGACUUCGGCGCUUUUCAGCUGGUCAGAUUGGAAGACCAUCUAAGGCUACCAAACUAGGUUAGAUUGUUUUUUGUUUUUCAGCAGGGCAUUAAAACAAUCAUGUGGUUUCACAAGACUUUGUUGUAUACAAGUUUUAUAGAGCACUUUUAUGGAGUUCUGAGGUAUCAGUCACAAUUCACUUUUCUUGCAAAAGAGCAGCAUGGACAUUCUGUCUGACUUCUCCUUUUGUGUUUCACAGAAAAUAAGAAUAUAGUAUGGGCUUUGGAAUGAGAUGAGGGUGAGUAAAUGAUGCUAGAAUUUUCAUUUUUGAGCAAACUCAUUUAGGCGCAAUCAAGAUGUGUUGAUUCCUUGCUAAAGGUUCAGGUUUUUAGUUAGCUGGUCAUAUUAGUAAUAGGUUUUUUUUUUGUAAAAGCUUUAACCACGUCAAAUUUGAGGUUUCAAAGUUCUUCAAGAUUUUGUGUUUAAACGCUUCAUUGUUCAAUUUGCCAGCGGGGAACAGUUGGAGUAAUGGUGCUGGCUGAAGUGUUGCAUCUCUCAUAUAAUCUCUGCUUCAGCCCUGGCAUUGGUUGCGCUGAGAAACUUGUGGUGCCUUAUUUGUGUUAGUCUUCCUCCCGUUCCAACUCACAGCCGUCAGCUUUCUCAUUAAAACAGAGUAAGACUGAAGCCACAGCCUUUGUACAUAUCAUCUUUCAUUUUCCUGUCAGCAAAAUACAGAAUUCCCACGAAGCGUUCGGUACAUCAGCUGUGCUCUCCACUCAAAUCAUUCUGCUGAGCCAUCAACUGCACUGAUGUUUUAAAUACACUCCCUGUAGCCUCAGAAAAUAUGAUUGAAAAAAUAAAAUUGUUAAUAUAUUGGA